AUGUUUCGGUCGGGCUAUGAGGGCGCAAGGGACAUUCCCCGGACCCUGGAACGGCCAUGGACGCCGCCUGAGAUCGAGGACGAAUCCAGCCCGCGACCAGAUUACUUUAACAUCUACGGUACCUCACCUCCACAAUAUCCUACCGCAACAGAGCAGCGCUGGCUGAAAGAGGCCAAACGCAUACCCGACCAGCCUUCCUGGGUCACAGAUAGCUUCGGACUGAACACGCCCACGACAGGCCCACGACCGAAACCCAACUCCCGACUCACAGAACCAGCGCCAUACACACCUACGCGGUUAUACUACGACGAUGCAUCGCCUCCACCGUCCAAAGGCGAACUGCGCUAUCCCUACACGCCCGACAGCUCGCGCGUACUGCGUCGCAACCACACCGAGCGCCCCGGCUCUCCAACGCCCUGGGCCGACGUAUCAGAAGGAACGUCGUCGCCCGUGCAGAACGCCCUCUCGUCGUGUAUCGCGCACUUUGAGAACCUCAUCCAAACACACCAGCCUGACGAAGACCAACUGGAAUACAUAGUCGGACAAUUCGAAGCCAUGACAGCCCAUCUCUCCACGCCCAGCGCACACGCCAGCGAGACGCACGACAAGGGGUCUUCUUCCUCCUCCUCUCGAGACGUUGGUCAGGGGCUCGGCAUCACACAAGCAGAGGGUGAGAAAGCGACGCUUCAUGAAGCCCAAACGCUGCAGCACGAGGCUUAUGUUUCGCAAGUAGGCAACUACAUCGCGGGUGUGCAAAAGUACAUUUACGACCUCAAAACGCGCAUGGACGAGGUCAAGACGCUCAAUCGCAUUCAACUCGACGUCAUCAACGAUUUGCGCAAGCAGAUGAAAUUAGUUCGCCAGAGUCUGCGCGACGACUUGGACAAGAGCCAGCACUACUACCACCAAGAUGAUCUUGUAAAGUCCGUCUUCUCGGAUUUUGAGGCUGGGAAUCAAGCUUCACAAGACGAAGAUGGUGAGAAAGAGGAGGACAAGGAGAAGAAGGAGCAGGACUCGAAGAAAGAAUCCAUGCUAGACAGUUGCAUGACGCUAGUCGAGGAGGAAGUUCAAGAUUUGUCCCGCGAGAUUCACGAAGAGUACUCAAAGUUGCUGCGCAGUACUGUUGACACGCUAGUUGCGGAUGAUGUGCCGUCGUCGUCGUCGUCGUCGUCGUUGCCAUCAGCAUCAGCAUCAUCACUGUCCAAGAGGAAGGUCAUUCACAUCAUCCGCUCGCCUCCUCCAAGACGCAGCUUUUGGGCUUCCAUGGGCGAAGCAUUGGAUGCGGUUUCGCAUCUGCUGCUGGAAGACGGCUCGUAA